AUGUGUUCCCGAGCGACCAAGCCGGAAGACCUCAAGAUAUGCUGCCCUAUUUGGGCAGUGGAUUGCAACGAGGACGACUACUACUUCGAGCAUGGGCUAGAAAGGGACUGUGCCCCGGAACCGUUGGAAUGCAAGCACUAUGAGUGCAGGGACGUUUCGCGCAUGCUCCAGAGCAUGGAGGACAGCUAUCGAAAUUUCCGCACCGAGGUAUCUGAUUCCUUGGAGGAACGACUGCGGAAGGAUUCAGAUGCGGGUGUGACUGGUCACGGCAGGGUUUGCAGCUGUGCUUGUGGUGAGCUCGUAGACGAGGAGAAGCUGACCUGCAAAGUACUGAACUCCUCCUGGUACUGCUCCGACGUCCAGCCCUGUUGUCGUCGCCUGACUGAGGACUGCGCGAAGGGUGAUCCCUGGCCCGGGGAGGUCAUGGUCAAGACACAGGAG